UUACAGUUCUCAUGGAAAAGGAUGUGAACAUUGAUUGAUACUAGUCUCUAGUUGACCAUGCUAAUGACGUCAACAGAUAGAGGCGUUGUCUGUGUAACGUCUAACGUUUGGAUUGUUUUUCUUUGUUAUUAGUAAUAUAUGCUGCUGUGUUCUUUAUACUUUCAAAGGUGUGUCAGCCACAGAGUUAGAAGCAUGGCGGAUCGCAAGGCAGAACUUGAAAGGAAGAAGGCAAAAUUGCAAGCCCUUCGUGAAGAGAAGGAGAGACGUCGAAUAGAAAAAGCGCAGAGAGAUGCGGAGGAGGUUGCAAUCAGAGCUAUCAGCACCGAAAAGGAUCAGCAGUUAGAAUUGGACCAGAUGUUGAGCUCUCUUGGUGUUGCACCUGUUUCGGACGUUCUUUCGAGCCUUUCCAGUGGUCCAAGUCAGACACCAGAAGAGAGUGCAAAUGGUACUCCUGAACCCAGCUUACAGUUGCAUACAUCUCCUGCUACAAGCAAGCGGCGAAGCAGU